AUGAUCCCAGUGGCAGAGUUCAAACAGUUCACGGAACAGCAGCCUGCAUUCAAGGUGCUCAAACCCUGGUGGGAUGUGCUGGCUGAGUACCUCACCCUGGCCAUGCUCAUGAUUGGGGUCUUCGGCUGUACCCUCCAGGUGACACAGGACAAGAUCAUCUGUCUGCCCAGUCAUGAGCCCCAGGAGAACUUAUCAGAGGCCCCCUGCCAGCAACUGUUGCCACAGGGGGUCUCUGAGCAAAUGGGGGCCCUCCGGGAGGUGCGUGGCCUCAAGAACAACCUGGACCUACAGCAGUACAGCUUCAUUAACCAGCUCUGCUAUGAGACUGCCCUCCAUUGGUAUGCCAAGUACUUCCCCUACCUUGUGGUCAUUCACACACUUAUCUUCAUGGUCUGCACCAGCUUCUGGUUCAAGUUCCCUGGUACCAGCUCCAAGAUCGAACACUUCAUCUCCAUCCUAGGCAAGUGUUUCGACUCACCAUGGACCACACGAGCCCUGUCUGAGGUCUCUGGGGAGAACCAGAAGGGCUCAGCUGCUGGACGGGCCACAGCAAUCAUAGUAGCCACGGCAGGGGUGGGACUGGGGAAGGCAGGAGAUGGGGAGAAGGAGAAGGUGCUGGUGGAGCCGGAGAAGGUAGUGACUGAGCCACCAGUUGUCACUCUGCUUGAUAAGAAAGAGGGUGAGCAGGCCAAAGCCUUGUUUGAGAAAGUCAAGAAGUUCCGUGUCCAUGUAGAAGAAGGGGACAUCCUUUAUACGAUGUAUAUCCGGCAGACAGUACUCAAAGUAUGCAAGUUUUUGGCCAUCUUGGUCUAUAAUCUGAUCUAUGUGGAAAAGAUCAGCUUCCUGGUAGCCUGCAGGGUGGAGACUUCUGAAGUCACAGGCUAUGCCAGCUUCUGCUGCAACCACACCAAGGCCCACCUUUUCUCUAAGCUCGCUUUCUGUUACAUCUCCUUUGUGUGUGUCUAUGGGCUUACUUGCCUAUAUACACUCUACUGGCUCUUCCACAGGCCCCUCAAAGAGUACUCCUUCCGUUCUGUGCGGGAGGAGACUGGCAUGGGGGACAUUCCUGAUGUCAAGAAUGACUUCGCCUUCAUGCUACACCUCAUCGACCAGUAUGACUCGCUCUACUCCAAGCGCUUUGCUGUCUUCCUCUCUGAGGUCAGUGAAAGCCGUCUGAAGCAACUCAACCUCAACCAUGAGUGGACGCCUGAGAAGCUCCGGCAGAAGCUGCAGCGUAAUGCACACGGCCGGCUGGAGCUGGCCCUCUGCAUGCUCCCUGGGCUGCCAGACACUGUGUUCGAGCUUAGCGAGGUGGAGGCGCUGCGACUGGAGGCCAUCUGUGAUAUCACCUUCCCUCCAGGGCUCUCACAGCUGGUGCAGCUGCAGGAACUCAGUUUGCUACACUCGCCUGCCAGGCUGCCCUUCUCCUUGCAGAUCUUCCUUCGGGACCGCCUGAAGGUGAUCCGCGUCAAGUGCGAGGAGCUCCGUGAGGUGCCCCUCUGGGUGUUUGGACUACGUGGCUUGGAGGAGCUGCACCUGGAGGGGCUCUUCACCCCAGAACUGGCUAGGGCAGCCACCCUUGAGAGCCUACGGGAGCUGAAGCAGCUCAAGGUGUUGUCCCUGCGGAGUAAUGCGGGGAAGAUACCAGCCAGUGUGACUGAUGUGGCUGGACACCUGCAGCAGCUCAGCCUGCACAAUGAUGGGGCCCGACUGCUGGCCCUUAACAGCCUGAAGAAGCUGGCAGUGUUGCGGGAGCUAGAGCUGGUGGCCUGUGGGCUGGAGCGCAUUCCCCAUGCUAUCUUCAGCCUCGGGGCACUGCAAGAGCUUGACCUCAAGGACAACCACCUGCGGUCCAUUGAAGAGAUCCUCAGCUUCCAGCACUGCCGAAAGCUGGUCACACUGAAGCUGUGGUACAAUCAGAUUGCCUAUGUCCCCGAGCACGUGCGGAAGCUCAGGGGCCUGGAGCAGCUCUACCUCAGUCACAACAAGCUCGAGACCCUGCCUACCCAGCUGGGCCUGUGCUCUGGCCUCCGUCUGCUGGAUGUGUCCCAUAAUGGGCUGCACUCCUUGCCCGCUGAGGUGGGUCUCCUCCAGAACCUGCAGUACCUGGCUCUGUCCUAUAAUGCCCUUGAGGGCCUGCCAGAUGAGCUCUUUUUCUGCAGAAAGCUACGGACGUUGCUUCUGGGCUAUAACCACCUUCGGCAGCUCUCGCCCCAGGUGGGAGCCCUCAGGGCCCUCAUCCGCUUGGAGCUCAAGGGCAACCGGUUAGAGGCGAUGCCAGAAGAACUGGGCAACUGUGGGGGGCUGAAAAAGGCAGGGCUUCUGGUGGAAGACGCCCUUUACGAGGGCCUGCCCGCAGAGGUACGAGAGAAGAUGGAGGAAGAAUGAGCCAGGGUGGGUACAGCGGGUUGAGGUAGGACCCCAAGGAUGCCUCUAUGAAGGAAUCUCUACCAUUCUCUACCAAGGGAGGUGGCCACGUGGGCACAGGCCAGGAGAAAAGGGGCAGACUAGUGUCAGC